AAAGGCAUGGUGCUGCGGGUGUGCAAGGAACGUCCCGAUUCUCACCAUCCAGAAGCGGAGGUCGUGGCCGGGGAGUCCCUAUCUGGAGCUACGGCAGGAGCCUCGGCGGCAGGCACGGAAGCAGGCUCGGUGCAGCCCGAGCCUGUGCUGCGUCCGGAGGAGCGGGAGCUGUGGGGAGAGGUGGUGCCGGAGCUGGCAGUGGCUCCGGAUCGGAUCGAUUUGCUGCAUCAAUUCGUGGCUCGAGUCAUGGCUCCCCUGUUAGGAGACGAAUUCGUGGAAGCAGGGGCGACAGUGAAGGUUCCUCGUAGUUUCCUGCAAGAGGUAGCGGACCACAUCCGCCCAAGACGCCCUCCCUGGAGGCAGGCUCAGGGGGACGUGGAUUUGAAAAUAGAAGAAGCGCUGCUGGUGACUGAUUUGACCCACCUGCACCUGGAGAGCGAGGAGUGGGAGGAGGACUGGGAGGAGACGGCGAGGGAGGUUAGGAGAGGGGAUGCGCACGGGAGCUGCCGCGGUUAUAAUGGCACGACGUUUUGCAUCGAGCUGAAGCCCAAGACUGGGUUCUGCCCCUCCUCCCCCUGCAUCGCACCGGCCAAUCACGUGAAGACAGCUGUCCCGCGCUUCCCCAUGCACCAGCAGCUGAAGCUGUCAGAGGGGGAGGUGGCAGAGAGCAGUGCAUACAACCCUCUCGACCUCUUCUCCUCCUCUCCCCCCCGCGUUCUCUCCGCUUUGAGGUCUCUGAUUGAUAACCCGCAAAAUAAUCUGAGGAUUUUUGCGGAUGGGAAGUUGCUGCUGGGGGGCCAUAUUCACAGGCAGGCGGACAGGGGGAAGGGGAAAAAGGGGAAAGGUAAGGGGGAGAAGGGGGAAAAGGUGGGAGAGGAUGUGCAGGUUGAAAGAGUGAAUUCGUUGGAUUUAGCGGCUAUGAGAAGGGAGGAGAAGGCACAGGAGGCAGAAGGCUUGGCUGCUGCUGAAGCAGCCCUGGAAGGGUUUGUGCGUGCUUGGAAGGAGAAGCCAAGCAGUGAUUCGUCAGCAGCAGCAGAAUCACCGUCUGCCGCACCUCAUCUGACUCACCCUCGGGUGGACGCUCUCCUCUCCCUGGCCACAGAGUGCCUCGUGCAGUGUGGGGCGCUCGAGAAGUUGUUGGCAGCACAGAAGCUGGAUGAGUGGGAUAUUGAAGGGGCGAUUCAUGCUUAUAACGAGUACAUGAACCAGAGGAAGUCAGUCCCUUCAGCCCCUGCUGCCGGUGCUGCUGCUGCUGAGGUUCCAAAAGAGAUAACGGAAGAUUGCAGGAAGGUUCUUCGCGAUUUCCUCAUCGCAGCAACGGCCAAGGACUGUGGGAUCAUGCUGGCCCUCCGAGCAGCCAUUCCUGGGGAGACCCUGGAAGCUUCUCAGAAGCUUCGCAGUGUCGUGUGCCCAUCCAGCGGCUGCAAGUAUUUCUACAGGGUAAUCUGA